AUGAAUACUGGUGCAAACUGGUUUCGCUGGCUGAUGGGAAAAGGAAAGAAUGAAGCUCACCUUCCAGAUGACAAGAACAAAUCGAUCGUUUGGGAUGAACAGAAACAGCGCUGGGUUAAUCUGGAUGAACCAGAAGAAGAGAGUAAGCCUCCGCCACCACCUCCAACAGGAUUUCCUAAAGUUCCUCAGAGUGUUCCACCUGGACCUGGAGGCCCACCUAGUGCCCCUGUCAACAUGUUUUCCAGAAGAGCAGCUGGAAGCAGAGCCCGUUACGUUGAUGUCUUGAAUCCAGGUGGAACCAAGUCAAGUGGUGCUGUUCCUGCACCAUCAGACCUAUUCGCCCCCUUGGCACCAAUGCCAAUUCCUGCAAAUGUGUUUGUUCCGAACUCAGUUCCAGGGGAACCCCAGCCAAUGGAAGGGAGUGGUGCAGCAGAGCACACACCAGCUGCAAAUCAAACCAACACAGAUCCAUCUGCAGCUGUUGAACCAGAGUAUUUAACCCCUGCAGUCCUUCCUCCUGGAGCUGGACUUCCUGUUUCAAACCCUGAUGGCUCCCAGUCAGGCGAGCUUUCGCGCUCUAGUUCAAUGAGUUCAUUAUCACGUGAAGUAAGCCAGCAUUUUAAUCAGCCUGCCACGGCACCGCCUUCGGGGGGACCUUCAGUAGGAACCGUACCGUUCUACAAUCCUUCUCAAUUUGCACAAUCUCCUGCAGCCACUGGAAGUUCAAGGCUGGGAAGAAUUGGACAGAGGAAGUAUCCAACAUUGAAGUAGAAUACAAUGGCUUUGUAUUUGGAAUUCUCACUCAUGUUCUGAGUGUACAAAGAACUUGCAAUCUCACGGCACAUGGUAUCAGUACUAGCUGCAGUUGACAUGACAGAAAUUUAAUGAUGGGUGAUUUUUUUAUGGGUCUCCCUACUUGCACCUCAUCUACGCAAAUCAUUACCAAACAUAUGAAAUAUGUGUAACUUUUCCUUUUGAAAAAACCUGGCUAGAAAUAGCUUUGCUGUGAUAAAGAAUAGACACAAGGGAGGAAAUAGUUGCUGUCUGUUACAAAAACUCUUUGUAAAUUGCAUAGGCAAUUUAUUCCUUAAGUUUAUUUUAAACCUACUAGGUGUGACCUUCGAAGGCAUAGUUUCAGGGAUUCCUUAAUUUCUGAAGGAUGCUCCCCUCCCAGCGGGGGAAAAACAUGUCCACAUUGUAACAUAACACUCUGUGGCCUUAAGAGGACCAUGCACAAUUGUAAUGCUUAUCAAAGAGGACUCGGUUUGUCAGUGUGGGAAAUCGGAGAUGUUCAUCUGGGCAAUGCCUCAUGCUGGUUUGUUUGUUGAAGGGGGGAGGGGGCCACAGCUCAUCCAAAUAAAUUGACCUAUACAGAAUGAAAACUGUGACUGUAAUCUAAUACUAAUUUGAUUUGGAUCUUACCUAGUAUGUACGUAGCUUGUGGUUUAGACUACUUGUAAAGCAAAUUGUAUAGUCUGAAAGAAGCUCUCUGUAUAAUAGCCGAUGCUGUACUAUUUGACGAGUGAGUGUUCUUUUAAGUGCAAUAUGGUUACUUGCUUUCUCUCAAACUGCUGGCACUGUAUGAUUAAGGUGGUAACAGCUUGAAAGUUGUCGAGGUUUUUUUUUUUCCUGGUGAGUGCCAGAAUCAGCAUAAUACCCUGUUCUUGAAUUUCCAUUACUAAAAUAGCCAAGGUCUUAAAUAGCUAACAGCUGAAUUUCAAAUACACUAAAAGUAGACGGAUUAGACCUCUACUGAUGGACUUUACAAUCUUUAGGCUUAAUGUAGGAAAUCUUGAAAACCAUGAUAUGCAACAUUCAUAUUCAGUGAAGAAUCUGAAUUAUCUGCAAAGAGAGAAAUAAACUUUAAAUAUUUAUUAAAUCAUUAGGCCAUAUUUUAUUUAGAACUUGCCACCAAACUAUUUGAUUUUACUUGAAUUUCUGCCCAUGAGUAGAAAUAAUGUGAAUGUG